UUUGGGGUUGGGCCCUUUUUGCCAAUUUGAAGAAAGGCCGUCAAAGAGUCCUAAGAGUGAAUGGCACUUUCAGGCAUAGCCACUGUCACUCGUCACUAUGCUUUCUGCUACUCUCAUUCUUCUUCUUCACUGAGUCACAUUACUCGUACCAGAAAGCUACUCACCACCAAAUUUAUCAGAAUGUCUUCCACAAAUCCACCACCGGAAACCCAACUGUCGAAUGUCACGGUACCCUAUGGUUCUUGGAAGUCACCUAUUACAGCUGAUAUCGUAUCUGGCUCAAGUAAACGCCUCGGUGGCUUUGCUGUGGAUUCAUUUGGUCAUCUUUUCUGGCUAGAAUCCCGCCCUACUGAGUCCGGACGAGCGGUUAUUGUGAAGGAACCAGGGAAACCAGGGGAAGACUCUAUAGAUGUAACUCCUAAAGAUUUUGCUGUGAGGACAUUGGCUCAGGAGUAUGGUGGAGGUGAUUUUUGUAUAGCAGGAGACACUUUGAUCUUCUCUAAUUACAAGGAUCAGAGACUUUAUAAACAGUCCAUUUCGUCCACAGAUUCUGCUCCGUUGCCACUCACUCCAGAUUAUGGUGGAAGAAGUGUAUGCUAUGCUGAUGGAGUGUUUGACUCUCGCUUUAACCGUUAUGUGACAGUGAGAGAAGAUCAACGUGAAAGUGGUAUAAAUGCGAUUACUACUAUUGUAUCUAUCGAUCUGAGCAAUAGCAGCGGUCAAGAGCCAAGGCUAUUAGUUGGGGGCAAUGACUUUUAUGCUUCUCCUCGGAUUGACGCCAAAGGGGAACGUAUGGCAUGGAUUGAGUGGGGUCACCCAAAUAUGCCAUGGGACAGAUCUGAGCUUUGGGUUGGUUAUAUAUCAGACAAUGGGGAUGUGCAAAAACGCAUUUGUGUUGCUGGUGGUGAUCCUAAUCUUGUGGAGUCUCCCACUGAACCCCAAUGGUCUUCUCAAGGAGAACUGUACUUUGUAACUGACAGGAAAAGUGGGUUUUGGAAUAUCUACAAAUGGGUAGAGUCUUCUAACGAGGUGCUACCAGUUUACUCCCUCGAUGCUGAGUUUACAAGACCCUUAUGGGUAUUUGGGAUGAAGUCUUAUGACUUUCUUGAGAAUCACGACCAAAAUACUUUAAUUGCCUGCAGUUACAGGGAGAAUGGAAAGUCAUAUCUUGGAGUUUUGGAUGUUACCCAAGGCAAAGUAUCAGUGCUUGAUAUUCCUUUCACAGAUAUAAACAACAUUACUUCUGGGGUUAAUAGCUUGUAUGUUGAAGGAGCAUCUGCUGUUCAUCCAUCGUCGAUAGCUAAGGUUACUUUGGAUGAUCAGCGAACAGAAGUAAUAGAUUUCAAGAUUAUGUGGUCGUCAUCAUCUCUUAGUGAGAUGUAUAACUCGUAUUACAGUCGGCCAGAGUUGAUAAAGUUCCCAACAGAUGUCCCGGGUCAAAGUGCAUAUGCAUACUUUUAUCCUCCAACAAAUCCCGGCUGUCAAGCUAGUCAUGGAGAAAAACCUCCAUUGCUCUUGCGAAGUCAUGGAGGUCCUACAGCAGAAGCACGGGGAAGUUUAGAUCUUAGGGUUCAAUAUUGGACCAGUCGUGGUUGGGCCUACGUGGAUGUGAAUUAUGGUGGAAGCACUGGUUAUGGCAGAGAAUAUAGAGAAAGACUAUUGGGAAGUUGGGGAAUUGUGGAUGUUAACGACUGCUGCAAUUGUGCCAAGUUUUUGGUUGACAGUGGAAGGGUUGACGUUGAAAGACUUUGUAUUACAGGGAGUUCAGCUGGUGGUUAUACAACAUUAGCUGCACUAGCAUUUAAAGAUGUUUUCAAGGCUGGUGCUUCCUUGUAUGGUUUUCAAAGCAGCUUUAUGCCGUCAUCUUUCUUUGAACAGAUUGGUGAUCUGCAAUUGCUGAGAGCAGAAAGUCACAAGUUUGAAUCUCACUAUACUGACAAUCUAGUUGGGGACGAAAAGGCAUAUUUUGAGAGGUCACCUAUCAAUUUUGUAAACCGCUUUUCCUGCCCCAUUAUUUUAUUUCAAGGAUUGGAGGACAAGGUCGUUUCCCCUGAUCAAGCACGCAAAAUCUACCAAGCAUUGAAGGAAAAAGGGUUGCCUGUUGCACUCAUUGAAUAUGAAGGAGAGCAGCAUGGUUUCCGUAGGGCUGAAAAUAUUAAAUUCACCCUUGAACAACAGAUGGUGUUCUUUGCACGUUUAGUGGGACAUUUUGAAGUAGCCGAUGAAGUUACUCCCAUCAAAAUUGAUAAUUUUGACUGAGGUAUACAACUACAGAAUGCUCUGCGCCAUAAAAGAGUUGUUCAAUACCUGUUUGCCAUUACUAAGAGAAUUUUGAUGAUGGACAGAAAGCAGCAGCAAUAUGAACUAAUUUGCUGGAGCUUUAAAUAGGCUAUGUAUGCUUCUAGGAAAUUGUCGAGGAAACAUUUUGUUAUAAUAUCAUCAAGAUUUACUGAUCAAAGAAAAAAGAACAUUGAGCUCAUGGAACACAUGGAGUUUGUUCUUGUAAGUGUAUUACAGAUUGCUUAAUCAGGAAAAUAAGAGAAAUUGCAGGUGUGCAAUGCUGGAUGUA